AUGAUCCUCUACCGAGAGCUGGGUGAUGAACAGAGUGCGGCCGAUGCUGUCAAGGCAGUCAUCGCUGCGGUAGCCGUCCGUGAGGGCGAGGACAAAGCCCUGUCAUCAGCAAAGAUGCACAUGGAGAACUACCAAAGGACAGGAGACAAAUGUGGGGAGGCGACCAUGAAGCUCGCGCUGGCCAAUGUCUACCUGGAAGCCAAUCGCCUGCAGGAUGCCUUGCGAUGGGCCAUGGAGGCGCAAGAGGAGUUCAAGGCGUCCCAGCUAGCGGAGAAAGAAGUGUCGGCUUUCUUGACCAUGGCACGGGCGCUUCUUGCGAAGUGCGACGCCGCUGAAGCCCUGCAGACCUCGCAAAGAGCCCUGGCCAUUGCAGAAGAGGUUGGGGACAUGCGGGGCGAGGCGCUUUCGCUUCAGUGCCUGGCCAAGGCUUUAUGCCAGAGCCAAGAGAUCAAGGAAGCCAUUGAUGCGGCCAGGAAAUCGCUAACGAUCUUCCGGCAGUCGUCCGACUACAAGCAACAGGCGGCUUCGCUCCUUGCAGUGGCGUCGAUUCACCUGGCCCGCGAGCGGCCGCAGGAUGCGCUGCGCAGCGCCAAGGAUGCGCAGCAUCUGUCCAAGCGCAUCGGCGACUCCCGAGGCGUCGCGAACGCCCUCGUUGUGGUGGCCGAGGCUCAAGUUGAGAACGACGAGCAGCGCGAGGCGCUCACUCUGCUCAAGGAAGCGCAGGACCGAUACCAGGCUUUGAAGGAUGCACGCGGCGAAGUCGAGGCUCUGCGUGUGAGGGCCAAGGCGGAGAGAUCGAUGUGCAAGCGCAAUGAAGCAAUGUCCUCCUUGCAGGAGGGUGUUGAGCUGGCGAAACGCAUCGACGACAAAGUUGCGGAGGCGACGCUGCUUCGUCAGACCGCACAAGUGAAGAUGGACCUGCUGCGAUUGGAGGAGUGCGAGCAGCACCUGAAUGAGGCGCAGAGCCUGUUCCGUGAAGCGCAGCACUGGCGUGGUGAGGCAGAUGUGCUGGAGCUGCUCCUCCGGCAGCAGAUCCAGGUGACCUCCAGAGAUGCUGUGGGAACGGCGGAUGAGUGGCGAGCCCUAUUUUAUGAUGCAAGUGAUCGGAAAGGUGAGGCAAACUGUUUGCGCGAAGCCGCGCGGAUGUUCUUCACGGCGGGCUACGAGCAAGAUGCGGAGUCAAGGGCACAAGAGGCGCUGGCCAUGUUCCAGGAGCUCGAGGACCAGAGUGGCGAGGCUCGAACGCAACUCCUUCUUGCCGAGGUGCACGCCGGCUUUGGCGACGUGCGACGUGGUGUGCAGACGGCUGAGGAGUCUCUGGAGCUAUUCAAGCGGAUUGAGGAUCCAAAGGGCCAAAGUGAUGCCUACGCUGUCCUGGCGCGAGUCCAAAUGCUCGAAGAAGGUGGUGAUGCAGAGGAAGCUGCGUCUGCAGCGGAGAAGUCUUAUCAGCUGGUGAAACGGGCACGGAAAGGAUGGGCAACUCGCCGCAUCGAAGUGACCUCAUUGCAGCUCUUGGCCGAAGCGGGUGUCGCGAAGCUUGUCAAGCUGGCGGGAGACGAGGAUGUUCAGGACAAGAGUCAGGAAGAGCAGGACAUGCUCCAGGGCAUUUUUGACAAGGCACACCGGGCUGCUGAGAUGGCGGUAGACCGCGCAAGUGCGAUGGACGAUCGUCGAAUGGAGGCCAGCGCCAUGCGCACCCUUGCGAACGUCUGCCUCGUCUGCAGCGACACGGAAACGGCCGCCGAAGCGGCCCGGGAGGCCUUGAAGAUCGCCCAGGAGGUUGGAGACAAGAAGCUCGAGGCCGCCAUGCUGUGCAUCAAUGCAGAGGUGAACGUUGUGGAGAACUAUAUGGGCAAGGCUAACGAGCAGGCGAAGCAAGCCUUGGCAAUCUUUCGCGAGUUGCGCGAUGCUGAGGGUGAGGAGUAUGCCAAGAGCAUUUUGGACCAGAUGUACGGAACUUCCCGGGGAGGGAUUGCGGCAGGCCCGGGCGCUGCAGCCCCAGCCUACGAGGCUGCAAUGCCGGCAGCAGCAGCUGCAUCUUCGGUUGCCACGGCCGUGUCGGCUGGGCCAACGCGGGAGUUCAUCAUGGAGGGCCUGCGAGCCUUGUCUAAGAAUGUGGUCGGCGACGACAUCGAUAUGGAUUCGCCUCUCAUGGAAGCCGGAAUGGACAGCUUGUCCAGCGUGGAGUUCCGCAACCAGGUGCGAAAUUUGGUUCCGGGCAUUAACUUGCCUGCCUCCAUGGUUUUCGAUUACCCGAAUCUCAAGUCAAUGACGGACUUCAUCCACAACAAGACCUCUGAAAGCUGA